AUGGACAAAUACAACUUCUUUCAACAAACUCCCAAAAAAGAAGACUCGGAAAAAGAUAGACUAGGCUCAAGCAAUCCACCCGUAAACUCUUUGGUUCCACUUUCUGCGCCUAGCUUUGAUUCUACACAGCAAUCUUCUCUUCCUUUUGGAAAUUCAACUAACAUUUUUGGACAGAAACCAUCCUUUGGAAAUAAUCAAUCUUUUGGUGGCAGCAAUGUACCAUUCGGCAGUAGCAAUACAUCAUUUAGUAGCCCAUCAACAAAUAAUCCUAAUCCAAUCGGUGGUAAUGCUACAUUUGGAAAUACUUUUGGCACAGGCACUACACCGUUUGGUGGGACUUCAAAUAUUACAUCUACCUUUGGAAAGCCGAGUGCACCCACCACACAGUUUGGAAGUAUGCCAGGCACCCAAUUCGGCAGUGGCUCUGCUUCGCAGUUUGGAAGUACACCUGCUCCACAGUUCGGAACUACAUCUAAUAUGCAGCUUGGAAACACAUCCACCACACCGUUUGGAGCAUCUUCAGGCACACGAUUCAAUACUACACCAAAUACAGGCUCAUUUGGGUCUUCUUGGAAUGCACAGCCAUCGCUUUCUUCAGGUUGGAAUAUGACAAAUAAGGGCUCUAGGGUCGUUCCAUACUCAACAACGAGAAUAAGAGAAGAUACAAAUCUCUAUGCCGAUCUAGUUGAUAUAACAGGAAUGAAAGAAUAUGUAAACAAGCCAAUUGAUGAAGUUAGAAAAGAAGACUACGAAAUGUCAUUUAGCCAACCUAAGCCAACGUCAGGAUUUUCUUCAACAACUUCAGGCAAUGCUGGAUUUUCCUCAUCGUUUUCGGGCAACACACCAAAUAGUGGAUUGUUUGGGGCUACAACAGCUCCAGCUCCCACAAGCAGCGGUUUUGGAUCCACAAAUGUGCCAAGCAGCGGAUUAUUUGGAUCUUCUCUUUCCAAGCCAUUUGCAUCUACCGGUACUUUCCAAAGCUCCACUAUGCAACCUGGCCAGUUUGGUACACAGCCAGGUAUUUCUACUACUCAACCUAAUCUAUUUGGCAACCAACCAAAUCCAUCCAACAUGCAAUCAGGUGUGUUCGGCGCCCAGCCUAUCUCUUCUGCUACAUCGACUGGAUUUCCUACAGCUACCCCGUCAAUUUUUUCAGCUUCCCAGCAGUCAACUAUGCCUUUCUCUGGCACAUCAAAUAUAUUUGGUAAUGCCCCUGCACAGCCUUCUGCUACAACUAACCUUUUUGGAUCUAAACCUGGCACAGAUUCCUCUAUUAUCACGCCACCCUCACUCUCUCCAUUUGGGACACCAGCUAAUAAAGCAUCUACUGGCCCACUUGGAGCCAUAUCCACAACACCGAUGACACAGCCCCAAUCUACAGGCACAGGCUCGAGUAUUUUUGGAUCACAGCCUUCUACUAAUUUUCUUGGUACUCAACCACCAACUAGCUUAUUUAACACCCAACCCCCCAGUAAUUUGUUCACUACUCAACCAACUGCUAAUUUGUUUAACACUCAACAGCAGAGUGUCUUCGGUACUCCGUCUUUUACAUCCCCAUCUGCUUCAAUUCAGCCUGUUUCUAUCCCCACCAAAGUUGAUAUGUCUGAUCCAUAUCUUCUCAAGAACAUUCAAUUUGAAAAAUUUGAACAGCAAAAGCCCUCACUUAAAGUCUCUUUGCCAACACCCUUGUUUAAAACCAACAAAGACAAACCUGUUGUAGAGCUUAAAAUUAGAGCGCCAAAACCCAUUCAGCGAAAUGCAAUUUAUACCAUACCUGAGCUAAAGGAUGUUGAUGCAACACAGACAAUCUCAAAUCUUGUUAUUGGAUUUGAAGGCAAGGGCCGUAUAGAGUUUUUAGAGCCUGUUUCUGUCAAAUCAUUAGAGGAUAUUGAAAAGCGCAUUUCAUUUAGGGAUGAAAAUGUUGAAACUACAGAUACUAUUGGAUCUGGCCUAAAUAAAAGGGCCAGGGUGUAUGUUGAGGGAUUAUUUCCUAUUUGCAGGACUACAAAUGAGAUAAUCAAAGGAAAGGCAGAGGCAUUUCCACAGAAGGGAAUUCAAGAAAGAUUUAUCUAUCAACUUAAGAAUGAUUCUACCAAGAAGUUUAUUGAUUACGAUGUUGAUAACGGUAUUUAUGUGUAUGAAGUUAACCAUUUUUAA